CGUCCUCUGCGAAGCUCAACAAUGGGCAGUGUUUUGGCUGCCAGCGCCCCCAGCCCGCCUGCACCAGGGCCAGGUGGAGCGGGUUUGGUGUCAAUGCCCCCAGGUUUCACGAUGCCGUCCGUCUCACCCGUCUCUGUCCCGGGGAGUUCUUCAGCUGGGCUCCAGGAGACCGAGCCUCCCCUUCCGAACCCCGGUGGCUUUGAAGAGUGUCAUCGCAAAUGCAAAGAGGUUUUUCCCAUGCAGAUGGAGGGUGUUAGAUUAACAGUGAACAAGGGCUUGAGCAACCACUUCCAGGUGAACCACACAGUGUUGUUAAGCACUCAAGCAGAUUCCAGUUACAGGUUUGGAGCUACCUACGUGGGGACCAAACAAAUAGGACCAGCAGAGGCCUUUCCUGUCAUUGUUGGUGACAUGGACAACACAGGGAGCCUAAAUGCACAGGUUAUUCAUCAGAUCACAGACAGAGUGCGCUCUAAAUUUGCCUUCCAGACGCAGCAGCAGAAGUUUGUUAACUGGCAAGGAGAUGCUGAAUUAAAAGGGGAAGAUUUCACUGCCGCUGUGACCUUUGGCAACCCAGAUGUGUUGGUGGGGUCUGGAAUUGUUGUAGCUCAUUAUCUCCAGUCUGUCACUUCGUCGCUGGCAUUAGGAGGAGAGUUGGUGUACCACCGCCGGCCAGGAGACGAGGGCACAGUCAUGUCUCUGGCAGGCAGAUAUACAGGCAGCAACUUUAUCGCCACAUUGACACUAGGAGGAGCUGGAGUUCACGGGUCAUAUUACCACAAAGCCAAUGAUCAGUUGCAGGUUGGCGUGGAGUUUGAAGCGAGCACCCGUAUGCAGGACACUAGUGCAUCAUUUGGGUACCAACUGGACGUCCCCAAAUCCAACCUGCUCUUUAAAGGUUCUUUAGAUAGUAACUGGGUGGUUGGAGCUACGCUUGAAAAAAAGCUUCUGCCUCUGCCUCUGUCACUGGCCCUCUGUGCUUUCCUUAACCACAGAAAAAACCAGUUCCAGUGUGGGUUUGGCAUCACCGUUGGUUAAACCUACCUUCUUUCUUGGUUAAUUCUUCGGUUUACACACCAGUGCUGUUGCUGGUGAAACGGUAAAGGUUGGACCCACUUGCAUAUCCACACUUGUACAAAAUCAGUCAGUAACUAAGAAGCAAAACAAAUAAAUAUUUGUUGUUAGUUCCAUGUAUCAGACCAACCCCAGGGUUUUCAUUUUGUUAUUCUUGCAAUGACAAUUCCAAUAUCCCCCAAAAAAGUAACAUCACCAUCUGAUGCAUUAGAAGAACCAAGAAGAAAUACAAAUACACACAUACAUUUGUCAAUCUUUUUAUUGUUUGUCAGUUCAGUUCUUUUUAUAAAUUAUUUCCUUGUUUGUUUUUCAUUUCAUUGUCAAAAUCUUUUAAAAAUUCGUUGCUGUACUCAUGUAAGCACCUACAUAAAUAAAAAAAAUGUGUGCAUUGCUGGACAAACAUGGAUAAAUUAUUAAAACAAAACAUAUCUAACAAACUGAGAUGUAGGUAUAAUAUUUAUGGAUGUAUUUUUGUGGGUGUGAAAAAUACAUUAUUUAGAGGUAGUGUUUUUUUCUUAUACAUUUGUCUAAAACUCUGUUCAAUGGUUGAGAAACAUCCAACUAAGCCAAUAAAGUUUUCACGUUAUAUUCUGUUAACUA